AGACAAUAUAAAUAAAAACCCUAUUUUUCAUUUCAUUCUGUUUCUUUUUAACAAGCAGCACAAUGAUACCAAAAAAUAAACAAAACGAGAAACAACUUUCUCACUCCUAUUCGGCCAAUCAAUUUUAUACGCCCAAUCCAUCCCCCUUAUCCACACCUUCAGAAAGUGGAGCGUCGCUUGUUCAGACUUCAUUAAUCCAGCCUACACCUUCUGUUUCUUGCAGAAGCGCUAUCUCAGUACAGUCAUUUCAUACAGCAUUAGGAGACCAAGAAGACGAUAAUGACCAACAAUUUAUGACAGAUAAUCGACUAGAGACCAUAGUUGAAAGAAAACCGUUGGAAACAGCCCCUCAUUAUUCGCCAACAAACAAGGGCGAAGAAUUGAUAAGCACAAGAACAAACCAAAUCAUCAAAAGAAUCAGCACAAAUGAUUUCAGUAUGUCCUAUCAUCCUGGAGUAACAGUGCCAAUGACAGCCAGUACUAGCAACCAUAGUUUCAUGGGGCAUCCAUUGUCAUUUGUUCAGAGUUUUCCUACCAGCAUACCUAAUAACUUUUACUACUAUGGAUCGCUUGAUAGCGGCUUAUUAUCCAAAUCACCCGCAGGAUCGUAUUUUCAAGACAACUAUAGUGAGGAUUAUGAAGUAGUCUUGGAUGAUGGUUCACGGCAAAAACGAUCAGUUUCUUUAUCCACAUUGCCUUUGCUGUCUCCACUUGAAUUUGGAAAAAAGAAAUACAAAGGAAACUAUAACCAUUUCUAUUAUGAUCAAGCAACAGCCGAUGACCCAAAUGAACAACUAUCUAGAGAACAAAGUAGAGCACAAGCAGAGGAGUUCUAUCAGUAUCUAUUAGCGGAAGAAGAAAGGCGAGCAUUGUUGGCGUCUACUUCAUCAUCAGAUCCAAACUUGAUAAUACAAGAUCUUCAGCCUGCAGAAUCCAGUGAAGAUGAGCUCUACCAUCGCCACAUGCAAAACAAAAAGAAAAAGCCAAGCAAUUGUUGUAAUAUGAGGACCAUUAUUCAAUGGUUUUUACGUCAUGUAUUUACCUUGUCAUACACACAAAAGAUGGUAUUGAAAUGCAGCUUUGCUUAUUUGCUUGGCUCACUGUUCACAUUUGUACCAUUCUUGCACAACUUGCUUGGAACUGCUAAGUUAUCCAGUCAUGUCAUUGCUACUGUUACUGUAUUCUUUCUUCCAUCUAAAACUGUAGGCGGUAUGGUUGAAGCUGCUGGCUGUGGACUCCUCUAUACUUUAUGUGCCAUUUUUGUAUCAGUAUUAAGCAUGUUGGUAGCCAUCUAUCUGAGAUCUGAAGACUAUUAUGUUACUUCCUGCUGUGUCACUCUGGGUUUUUGGUUAGCUGGUAGCACAUUUGUGCUUUCAUUCAUCAAGGCACAUUAUAAUAAACCCACGAUCGGGACAGGUUGUGGUUUAGGCUUUAUGAUCAUAUUUCCUGUGCUUGUUAGAGAAGGUUCUGUCGUACCAUCUGAAUUUGACCCUACGUAUAUUGAAGAAAUGUUUGCUAUUGUUACUAUUGGCACAGCUAUCUCUGUUUUUGUCUGCUGGUUUAUAUGGCCAAUGACAGCAACUAAGAAAUUAAAAUCGGAUAUCAAUGAUACUUUAAUGGCCGUUCGUAUUUUGUUAAAACUCUUGACUAAAACGUUUUUGCUUGAUACAGACUUGCCAGAAUUCACCGCCAAUGAGAACCUACAGAAUGCUAUUAAUUCACAUCGCACAAGCUUUACUUCUUUACAAUCAUCCUUGGAGGACGCUAAAAAGGAAUUCUAUAACUUGCAUAUCUGGAAACAUGCUAAAAAAUACGACACAAUUGUUGCAAGUCUGCAAAGAUUAGCUCAACAUAUAGGGGGUCUACGUAGUAGUUGUGGCUUACAAUUUGAAGUGAUGAAGACAGGAGAAAAGAGUAAAAGGAGCACAUAUGGCACAGUGUCCCAACAAGAAAGACCCAGCAAACAUGACUCUUUCAGAAAGAAGAAAGUCUAUCAUAUAAAAGCAACAAAUCAACGAAAAAAGAUGGAAUACGAACUAAAGAAAGAGCAAACAUUGUCUUCGCAUUCCAUCGCCAAUAAAGAUGAUGCUGAUGAAGCACCAGUCGAUAUUCAACAAACCAAAAAGCCAACGAAACUUGAACGGCCACCAAUCAAUGGAUAUUAUCAUAUUGAACAGCCUACAGAUGGAAACGACGACGAAGAUGGUGCGCUUGUCCAAUUUAUAAAGACGGUCCGUCGACCUAUGAAAUCAUUAGCAUACACUUGCAAACAAACCAUUGUUCAUCUUCAAAGUCGAUUUACAGGCCAAACAACAGAAUCAACACCUUCUUUUGGAUUACUAAGACAAAACUUGGCUAUGGCAAUGUCUUUGUUUGAAGAAUCUCAACAAUUAGCAUUGACAAGAAUGUAUCAACGCAAGAUGAAAAGUGCUUCUAGAAAGAAGAAACAAUGUACUAUUCAUCCUGAGGAAUUGCAGUCUCAUCUAAUGAGCCAUUUUCCUGCAGAAGAUGUGUUUCUGGUAUAUUUCUUUGUGUUCUGUCUCUUGGAGUUUGCAAAAGAAUUGAUGGUGCUGGUAGAGUGUGUUCAAUCCGUAUAUGAAUGCGAUGAAGAACAAAGAAACAAAAACAGUCGCAUCUGGUCAUGUACGAAAAAAUAUUUCAUUCAGCCAUUCUGGUUUCUUUGUUGCUGCUUUUAUUCAAGACAUGGCCAUAGAAAAAGUAAAGCAGAUGAAUCCCAAGGCACUAGUACACAAAACAGACCAAGACAAGUUACUAAAAAAAGCUCAAUUGACUCACUUGUGCCAAACAAUCACAACACAUUUAACACACUUCAUACGCCAAAGCCAAAGACGAAAGUCCGCAAGCUUUUCUUGAGUCUUUGGGGCUUCUUUUCUUGGUUUCGCAAACAUACAGUCAGAUAUGGUCUCAAAUCAACGUUUAUUUCACUUGCGAUUGCAUCCUUGGCAUUUAUUCCUUACACAAGAGAGUAUUUUGUCAACUGGAAGAUGGAUUGGAUGCUUAUUACAGUAACAGCUGUUAUGUCACCUACAGUAGGAGGCACAAUCCAAGUAGCUAUACUUCGUGUGUUUGCAACCAUGUUAGGUUCAAUUAUCGCCGUCCUAUUUUAUUUGUUCUUGCCACACGAUGGUCCGGUUUUAUUGUUCAUGGCUUGGUUAUUCUCUAUACCUUGCUUUUGGGCUAUCCUAAAUCAUAAACAUGGCCGAUUUGGCAUGUUUUCUCUAUUGUCUUACAACUUGGUCGUGCCUUAUAUGUACAAUCACCAAAAUGAAGAUCCGCCCGUUGAUUUGAUUGAGUUAGCAUUUAUGCGAUGUGCUACCGUCUCUGCGGGUGUCAUUGUUGGACUUUUUAUCACUGCUUAUGUUUGGCCUUACGAAGCAAGAAAGGAAAUGCGGAAAAAUAUGUCUGAUUUACUAAUCCGACUCUCUUGGCUCUAUAAACAGCUCGUAUCUGAGUACUCUGAAGAUAAUUGUGCCUCACUUGCUCAAGAUAUCAAUAAAAAGAACUCAGAAACAAGCUACAGCCAUCUUGUUCAACAAGCCAUCCUAGAUAGCCAUUCCACUACCACGCAGAUUCCUUAUUCAAACCGCCUUUUGACUUCACGUGAGGAACUUGAAGCAUUGGCCAAAAGAAAUGAAGCUCGAUCUAUCCAAUUUCAACACAUUGAGCUCUCACUUCAAGUCAGCCUAGUUGAGCUUCAAGGAUUGCUUGCUCAUGCUCCUAACGAGCCUCGCCUCAAGGGCCCUUUUCCUGUAAAGACAUACGAAGCCAUGCUUGAAUCAUGCCAAAACAUUCUAGACAAGUUUUUAUCUAUUCGUAUUGUGAUAAUGAAAGACGUAUGGGCCACACAAGUGAGACGUGAUCUGAUGCUUCCUGCAAGUCAAGAAUUGAUGGAAAUGGCAGGAAGCGUAUUGCUUUAUUUUUACCUUUUGGCAUCUGCCUUACAGUUGAAGACACCCUUACCUCCUUAUUUACCGCCUGCAGAAAAAGCAAGAGAAAAGCUCAUGCUGAAACUUCAACAAUUACCAAAAAUCUCUGCAGAUUUGAAAAAGAACAAUUGCUAUAGUGGAUCUAACAAUGACGCUGUCAAAGACGAAUGUUAUAUGGUAUAUUACGCUUACGUUAUCAUGAUGGAGAGCAUUAUUAUAGAAUUAGACAAGUUGGGACAAAAAAUGAAGGAAUUGUUUGGCUCUCUUGUACCUGAUGAUCAAUGGGCAAGAUGUUUUGGUCUGACUGAUUUAGAGAAUGGCCAUAGAAAAUAGAUUCGAAAAUAAAACAAAUUUAUUUAU